GAUAUGUUAUGAUGUGUAAACCUAAGGAUGAUUUGAGAAAAGAUUGUAGAUUGAUGGAAUUUAACACAAUUAUCAAUAAAUUUCUGAGAAAAGAUCCUGAAUCAAGACGAAGAAAUCUCCAUAUUCGAACUUACACGGUAGUACCAUUAAAUGAAGAAUGUGGUUUAUUAGAAUGGGUGAAUAAUACGAGUGGUUUAAGAUAUAUAUUAAUGAAACUAUAUAAAGAGAAAGGUUUAUAUACAACUGGUAAAGAACUUAAAGCCAUGAUGCCAUCGUUACAUUCUUCUAUAGAUACCAAACUUCAAAUAUUUAAAACCAAAUUUUUACCUAAACAUCCCCCAGUAUUUAAGGAGUGGUUUUUGAGAACUUUUCCUGAUCCAACCUCAUGGUAUAAUGCAAGGUUAGCCUAUGCUAGAACAUCAGCUGUUAUGAGUGUAGUGGGGUAUAUUCUAGGAUUAGGUGAUCGACAUGGUGAAAAUAUUCUCUUUGAUUCUAAAACUGGUGAUACAGUCCAUGUUGAUUUUAACUGUUUAUUUAACAAGGGUGAAACAUUUGAAUGGGCAGAGAAGGUCCCCUUUCGACUGACACCAAACAUGAUUGAUGUCUUGGGACCAAUGGGAGUAGAGGGUAUAUUUAGACGAGCGUGUGAAGUAUCAUUACGUGUAAUGAGAGAUCAAAUGGAUACAUUAAUGAGUGUUUUACGACCAUUUAUCUAUGAUCCGUUAGUAGAAUGGAGUAAACCAAGUAGAGGACAGAGAUCGAAUCCAACAGAUACUGGUGAAAUAUCAAAUGAACAGGCUAUGAACCAUGUUCAGAAUAUAGAACAUCGCUUAAAAGGUAUAUUAAAGAAUAAAACGAAACCUAGAGGUUUACCAUUAUCUAUAGAAGGUCAUGUUAAUCAUCUGAUACAGGAAGCAACAGAUGAGAAGAAUUUAUGUCAAAUGUAUAUUGGAUGGGCACCAUAUUUAUAGUGCUGUCAUUGUAUUAUCUAUGAAAAGAGGAGGGUUUGGGUGGCCGAAUGGAUUAUGUGUGCGCGUUGCAUCAUAAGCUCUGUCAUUGAGUCAACUGGCGUGGUUUCGAUUCCCAGCUUGUUCGUGAUAAGGAGUAGGGUAGCCUGUCCAACCUCAUGGGUUUUCUCCGGGACCUCUGGUUUCCUCCCACUGCUAAAGAUCCCCAGGCGCAAGCGAAUUAUUGAAAUAAAAUUGAA